AGAAUUUGAUCUUUUGAAGCUGAAGUCACUGUUGCUUCCAAAAACAAUUUUGUAUGGUAGAGCAUGCUGUUCCUUUUACAAGAUCAAAGUACAAAAGGUGUUCAAAUAGAAGGAGAGAUUAAAAUCCAUAGUCUGUGUUUAGACAUGGCUAGCUUUGCAGUCUGUGUGUGCAGACUGUGGAGGUAGGCCUUUCACAAGAGCGUUUUCAAACAUCAGGAAGGUGUUGGUAACUUAGUGACUUUCUAUAUUGUACAGAGGUGUCAAAGCCUCUGAGAAUGCUUUCCAUAUAAAAUAAAAUGUGUGCUAUUUCUUCUUCACAGAAAAGUGAAACUCUCCCCCCACACACACACCUUCCUUGCUCCUUGUCUUUUUCCUGAUUUGUUCUCUGUUAAUAAAUAGAGGGUGAGGAGUGUUUUCAGAAUUUAAAAGUCCUUUUCGCACUUUACCAUAAAGGUCUUCUUUAGUGAUGAAUCAUUGCAUACUGACUCAACCACUGCAUUGUAUUUGGCACUUUUAUUUUCCUUACUGUUGUCUUUAGUUCUUUCAAGUAGCAUCUACUCUUCUGGGUGUUCUCCAAACAGGUAAGAAAGCAUAAUUCCUGCUCUAUGAAGCCUGUGAAGUAGAAAGAAACAAAGGGCUGUGGCACAACAUUGGGGUAGCUCUUAGUCACAACUUUGUAUUACUUAUUACUACUUUAUUAUUAUUUGUUCAUCUCUUGCUUAAAAACAACCCCCCCCAAAAAAAAGUCUUGCCCUUGACCAUUUUCCAUUUUCCACCAGCAUGUGGAAAAACUCUGUUGUACCUAUGCAGUUUUGCUGAUGCCUUGCCAUUGCCUAGGUGCAGCAGUACUUUAAAGCACUGAUCCAAGAGAAGUAAUAUCGCAUCCCCCACAAGCAGGGUCUUGGCCAUCGUGAAUCUUUCUCAGAAAGGGUAGCCUUCUGACAGGGGCCAUAUUUGUCAGUGAUAAUGAUGAAUAUGAUGGCAUUCCCUGUAGCCAAACAUAAAGCUUAAUUGCUAUUGUGCCUGACAUGGUGAUCUCUGUUUUUUACAUCACAGUUUUGGGGAAAUGACAGUAGGUGGCACUGGAGAACAGUAACAUGGACUGUCUGAUCUGUUACAAAAUGGAGCAGUUUCCUCAUUGGCUCUGUGUUAAAUUAGGUUUCUGGCCCCACGGAUCGCUGAAACACUUUGCUGCAUUCCUUUUGCAAGCCUAUUAUACUUAAAACCUUAUCCACAUCCCUGCUGUAUGGAGGGUGCCGUCUGGGGAAGCUCUAAAAUGUGUGUGAAGCAAGACUGAGAGCAAGAGCUCACUGAAGAUGCUGUAUUUUCUCUUGGGGCGUAAGAGCAACCCUUUUGCCAGCUCUUUACCUGCAGUUGUGCUUUUUAUCAGAGAUAACUCAUAGAUGGACAUUCACAGCUAAUCAAAUACAUGAUGUCUUUAAUGUUAGUGAAAUGUAGACUCCUGCCAGCUGGUGGAGCAGUGAGAGCAUCUAACAGAAGAGAGGGAGGCAUGCCAGCAGGGAGUCUCCAGUUUGCUUUGUCUCUAGAGAUUAUGUCCCGGGAGCCUGAAAAAGAGGAGGGAAAGGUUCUUGGUAGUUCUAGAAGGGAUUUAGGGUAGAAAGUGACUCAACAGUUUACUGCCUGCUAUUUAGAUGGGAAACAGAAAGCAGAAAAAUAAUGACCACCUUCAAGCCUAAUUAAAAUCCUGAAAACAUUCAGGGUUUCUCAAGAAAAAUCUUCCUAACUUUCUGGAAAUCAUUGUGGGGAGAGAGGGAGACGUGUCCCAGCUCCGUUCCCAUUACGUCUAUAGCCUUCUGUGUUUGCUUGGGAACACAAACUCUUUCUGUGCAUGUUGGCUGUUUUCUCUGUCCUUCUUUUAUUAUGUCCAAUCACUGUGAGAUGAAGCAACAACACACAGUUGCACUGCCGUAAACUCUGAAAUGGCAGCUCCCAAAAUUGGUGUGUUCCUCUCUCUCAGGAUCGCUAUGCAGUAAUCACUGGUAACAACUACAGUGCAGCAUAAAUGCCACCAAAUAGUUUGUGGAGCCCAUUGACAUUUUAAGGGUUUGAGAAUGUAUGAGGAAAAAUGCAUCACCUUUCACCAACUGAAAUAAGUUUUGUCCUUGGCUAAAUGCUUUUAAAUCACAGUGACAUCAUUGACAGCCUUUGCGGUACUUUGAAGGGCAGAAUUUUCCCCAUAAUGCUUUAUCAAAUUCUUACUUCAUUCAGUUUGUUAUCAGAUGUAAGAUAUCUGCAAUUAAUUAUUAACUUUAAAUGAUUUAUCCUAAUCUGCUCAGUGUUACUGCACAAGCUGUUAUAACCGAAACACUGUUUUGUUUAUACCAGCUCCCUCACCCUCUGUGAGGAUAUUUUCAUGCCUGUGACAACUUUGGAGCAGAUCAGGAUUGGGAUUUUGUGUGAAUUCUGAGUAGGCACUUCAGUCCAGCAGCCUAUACCUUUUUAAGGAAUGGUAUGAAGCGUGGAGGCAGAUGGUCCCUUAGGGACCUCCCUCAGCAUUGUGUCUGGAGCAGCCUCUGCUGCUCCCUUUUAUGGAGAGUCCUCGGCUGCUCAAGUUCAAGCAAUAUGUCUAUGACUGGUACUGUGCUUACUCCAGCUCUUCAGCAGGCCCUCCACAGAGGGGCAAAGGCUUCAUCAGUCCUUGGGAAACAUCCCAGCGUAAGGAAGGUUGUCUCCCCCGUUAGACUGCCCCAGGUCUGCGUACUGAGGGGAGCCAAAGCUGGAGGGCCUCUCUGCCAUGCAAGAUGUGUACUUUCUCUCUCUCCUGUGAGCAGAGCUAGGAGUCGCUCCCAGAGCCUGCACCCCCAGGGGCAGAUAGAUGGAAGCUGCACGAGGAUGGAGAAGAGAAAAAUUUCAGAACCCUGUUGUAAUGCGGAAGUCUUCCUAAGAGCCAAAUCUCUCCAAGCCUUCUCCAUGGAGAAAUUGUCUUGUUAUUGUAAGCAUGUUUGAUGCUUGUCCUGUAAGUGUGAGAUCAUCUACCACCAUGUUAAGAAAAAAGUAAAGUUCCCAAGUAAUGAGAAAGACAACAGCGAGUAUGUAGCUCCAGCUCUGAAGCAUUACCCUUUUGACCUUGGAACUAUUGUAAAACUCCCCUGAGGAUAAAUAAGACUGAACAAAAGAAUCAGCCAUGGCAUACUUUGGGAGAGUGCCUUUCUCACAAGAUGAAUUUUGUGAAGGACAGGCUGAGGAUCAAGCUUCUUAUUCAAUGUACCAUUCUGAUUUUGCUGGUCAGGUCAGUCUAGGAUUUGAUCAAAUAGUUGAUGAAGUCAGCAAUGAAAUACUUUUUUAUGGUUCGUCACAUUUGCAUCAUCCUGAAGAAAAUUUUUUUGUGGCAGACAUUUUUGGCUGGAAUGUGCCAGAGCAGCAGUUAUGUGGUCAACCUCCAGUCACUUGUGCUGAACUUUACCCUGGGCAUCCUUCAUCUCACUGGCAGCAAGGAACAGUGUCACCAGUGACUGGCUUCAGAUCUUCCUUUCUGUCUGAUUACAGAAAUUUCUCUAUGGUGGAUUCCUAUCCGUAUAGUGAAGAAAGAAGAAUCUACAGAAGGAAUAGUGUAAUUCCAUCCACAAAUGUAUUUGAUUCAAAUGUGGAGAGAGGCAACAAAAAUCUGAGUUUUCAGAUAGGCUUUGACAAUGUAGAUGCUCAAUAUCCUGUCUGUUUAGACAACUAUCCAUUUGGACAAGGAGUGAGAGAUGAAAGCGGAAAUGGAGAAGCUUGUUUAACCAACACCUCAGGAAGAUUAAACAUAGGAACCGUCUGGCCCAGCGGCUCUGGACAUGACAGAGAGCCUGCAGGUUGGUCUAUCCAGCUGGUUGAAGCGAAUCAAGGGAGUAAUGAAAACACAGUUGCUUUUUGCAAUGCAGUGGGGAAAAUAAGAAAUGCCUAUCCUGCUCAUGACUUAAAGACAAAUACCGGGAAAAUCUGGAGUGUCACAACGAGGUUCCCAGACCACAUCCUUGGCAAACUGAAAUUCAGAAUCAGUGUCUGGACAGAUUCUUCACCAUAUCCACUGCUUAUUACUCAAAAUGCUGGCUGUGUCACUCAUGACUUAAUUGUAGAGAUCCUCCACUGCACAAAUCAAUACCCAGUCCAGGAAGAAUGUUUUCUAAGUGUUUGCGGGUCUGAUGAAUUCUUACAAAACAAUCAGAUGUUGGGCAGCCACGAGAGUCUUCGCAAGCCAACCACCUGCAUUCAGCUUCGGCUACAUAUCACUACUAAUUUGAAGCAAAGUUUGGCUCGAACGCAUGAGGAUGACCAAAGACAGUUCAGUGUGAAUCAGCUGUUGGAGUAUACUUGUGCUUGGAGACUGACUCGACAGAACCUUGUCUCAAUUAUUAUGAAAUAUAGAGGUCAAGUGGAGUAUCUAUUGCAAAAUGAGCAUGGAGUGGAUAACGUGAUUCAAGCAGCUAAAGCAAUCUGCAGUGUCCUCUGUUUUGUGGAAACCAGAGACAUUACUGAUGCAGUCAAGAAACUCCGUGCAGUGCUGUUAGUGAAAGCACAGAAUUCACUUCGAAGUGUGGAAACGCCAGGCAAAGCAUUGAUAGAGGAUGCUGUGACUGAGCUCUCCAUGGCCAUCUCUUGCCUCAUCAAUAUUUACAGCAGCAGCUUUGAUGCAGGUUUUCAGCUUGCCAGUAUACCUAAAAGUCCUUCAUGUGCAGAUAUCAGCCUAGAUUCCCAGCUCAGCUUCACUGUUUAUGCUGCCCAUAACAUCCCAGAAGCUUGGGUGAACAGCUACAAAUCUUUUUCUUUUUCCUGUUCACUGACUUAUGCUGGGAAGACAAUAUGUCAAAUGAAGAUUUGCAAAAAUAUACCAGCUAAAAGAUCCUUCUUUUUCCUUGCGGACUGGAAUGAGACAAUCAACUUUCCUCUACGACUAAAGGCUCUUCCGAGAGAGACUAUGCUGACAAUAAAACUACUUGGAGUAAACAGUGCCUCUAAAAAUACAGAAGUGCUUGCUUGGACAUGCUCUCCAUUGUAUCCAAAACAGACGUUCGUUCAUGGAACUGUGCUGCUUAGCAUGACAUUGUACAGCACGUUUCCAACAACGAUGAUUGCCCCAGGCAUCUGCAGUACUGAUAUUGCAGCCCCGGUAACAUUGCAGGUUGACUUUCCAGAAACUAACUUGGAGUUCAUUAAACCUGAACCUGAAGAGAGAAGAGAUGAUUUUGAAGAGUCAGCCAAGGAGUGCCUGAAGCAUAUUGCAAGAGUUUCGCAGACGCAUUCUCUCUUGCUACUCUCAGAGCAAAAGAGAAGAAUGUUAUGGUUUUAUCGUUACUACUGCAAUAAUCAAAAUUGCUCCCUUCCUUUGGUGCUGGGCAGUGCACCCAGUUGGGAUCGAACAACUGUGUCAGAAAUGUAUGCUGUGUUGAAGAGAUGGAGAUUUUCUAACCCUCUGGAGGCGCUUGGGCUCCUGACUUUCAGUUUUCCAGAUCAAGAUAUUCGCAGAACAGCAGUCCAACAAAUAGAAAAUCUGUCAAAUGAUGAAUUGUUAGAAUACCUCCCACAGCUGGUUCAGGUGCUCAAGUUUGAAUGGAGUCUUGAAAGUCCUCUGGUAAAACUCUUACUGAAUCGCUCUCUUCAGAGCAUCCAAGUGGCCCAUCAGCUUUACUGGCUAUUGAAAAAUGCCCAGAAUGAAGCUCAUUUCAAAAUCUGGUAUCAGAAACUACUGGCUGCUCUCCAAUUCUGUGCUGGAGAAACCCUGAACAAUGAGUUUGCUAAGGAAAGAAAACUAAUCAGAAUUCUGGAAGACAUUGCUGAAAAAGUAAAAACUGCCAGUGACCCCCAAAGAAAGGAGGUGCUAAAGAUGGAACUCAACAGACUUCAGCAGUUCUUCCAGGAGGUAAAAGUUUGUCGACUUCCCCUGAAUCCUGCACUUGUUGUGCAAGGCAUAGAGGCAGAUUCAUGUUCAUAUUUUACAUCCAAUGCCUUCCCACUAAAAAUCUCCUUCAUCAAUGCUAACGUUCCAAGUGGAAACAUCAAUAUUAUUUUCAAGAUGGGGGAUGAUCUACGUCAGGAUAUGCUAGUUCUGCAGAUAAUUCGAGUGAUGGACAGCAUUUGGCUCCAAGAGGGACUGGAUAUGCAAAUGAUCAUUUAUAGAUGUUUAUCUACAGGAAAAGGCCAAGGAUUGGUACAGAUGGUGCCAGAUGCUACCACACUAGCCAAGAUCCACAGGAAGUCUGGACUGAUUGGACCAUUGAAAGAAAACACAAUUAAAAAAUGGUUCCAUCAUCACCAUCCUUUGGAAUUAAGUUACCAAGAGGCAAUAAGGAAUUUCUUCUAUUCCUGUGCUGGCUGGUGUGUUGUUACCUUCAUCCUGGGAGUCUGUGAUCGACACAAUGACAACAUAAUGCUGACAAGUGCUGGGCACAUGUUCCAUAUAGAUUUUGGAAGAUUUUUAGGUCACGCACAGACAUUUGGAAGCAUAAGAAGGGACCGAGCUCCCUUCAUCUUCACAUCAGAGAUGGAGUAUUUCAUCACAGAAGGUGGAAAAAACCCACAGCGUUUCCAAGAUUUUGUGGAGCUUUGUUGUCGAGCUUAUAAUAUAGUCAGGAAACACAGCCAGUUACUUUUGAACCUGCUGGAGAUGAUGCUGCAUGCAGGAUUGCCUGAGCUAAAUAGCAUUCAGGAUCUGAAGUAUGUGUAUGACAACCUUCGUCCCCAGGACUCAGACCUCCAGGCCACAAGCUACUUUACAAGGAAAAUAAAAGAAAGUUUGGAGUGCUUUCCUGUCAAACUCAAUAACCUGAUCCACACACUCGUACAGAUGUCAGUGACAGGCUCUGCCAAGCCUGCUCCUCCAGCUCCAGAGAUUGUUCCCCAAGAAUGGAUCAUGCUGGAUGCAGAGAAGGCAAUUGCAAGAGCAACUAUUUUAGGGUUCAACAAAAAGCCUGACUCUCUGUAUCUAGUCCAGGUGGUGCAAACCUGCAAUGUGGUCACUUUUGUGGAAAAAUCAUUCGACCAGUUCUCAAAACUUCACAGCCAUCUCCAGCAGCAAUUUCCAUCUCAUGCCCUCCCAGAGUUUCCCCAGUUGUGGCAUUUACCUUUUACAGAUCUUGAACAUAAAAGAGUGAAGGAUUUGAAUCUCUAUCUGAAGCAAUUAUUAAGUGGAUCCAGGAAACUGGCUAAUAAUGAGCUUGUACUCAGCUUCUUCCUGAAUUGGUCCAAAAAUACGUUGGCAGAAGAAUCAUCAUCUGUGAUCUUAGGUCCUCAAUCAACUGAUCGUAAGCCUGGAGUGCAAUUAGUCAUAUCCUAUGAGGGCACCCAACUAAUAAUAAUGUUGAAACACAUGAGGAACAUUCGCCUCCCAGAUGGCUCUGCCCCAAGCGCACAUGCUGAAUUUUAUCUUUUACCAGAUCCUGAUGAGAUCAGUCGCAGGAAAACAAGAACAGUUCCAAAAAGCACUGACCCUACUUACAAUGAAAUUGUUGUAUAUGACACAGUUACAGAGCUCAAAGGACGUGUACUGAAGCUUGUUGUGAAAAGCAAAGGAACAUUUGUGGGAGCUGUUAACAUUCAGCUGAGCAGUGUCCAGUUAAAUGAAGAAAAGUGGUACCCACUGGGAAACAGUAUAAUUUAAAUAUUGUCUAAGAUGAUUCAAUUAUUUAUCCACUAAUGUUUCUUUAUCCCAUUUCCCAUGCUACAUUUUGUCUCAGUUGCCCUUGAGAAUAUGCAGUCAUGAGCUGAUCACGUCUUAAUAUUUCUAAUCAUAUAGCUAUUUUCUUAAAAUUUCUACCAUCAUCUUGCAACAUGUUCCUGUUAGUGUGGGUAAAUAAUCACACGCUAAGAACUUGCAGCAGCAUGCAGGAAAUUCUUAUGACAGUAACGAAGUAUUUUUGUUUGUUUUUUAUUAAAUACUACUGUAAAAAUAUUGAUAUCCUAUAUAGAUCAAAAUGUGGGUCAGAAUCUAAUUCUAAGCCCAUAUGAGUCAGUGCCAGUCUCUCCACUGACUCUGUUUCGAAACAAUGCUGGUGAUGGUGUAAUUUAUCAGGGUUCCCUGUGACUCACUGCGUAUGGUGACUCUCCAGAGGUCCAUGGGAUGGUUCCCCUGGUGCCAAUACAUUUCAAACAGUUCUAACAUAUUUCAUGUUAAAUGUUACACAAUCCAUACAUUUUAAAAAAAAAAAAAAAACUUUAAAACUUGCACUUUAGACAUUUUGUGCAGUAUAUGUUGGUGUACCUUUAACUGUUAAUAGAAUGUAACUUUCAAUCCAGAAUAUUCAUUUGGCAGUAAGAUACUUCAUCAUUUCUUUUAUUCCAACAUCCAAGAAGCAGAUAUACAUGGUCAUUUGUGGGGAGAAAGGAGGAGGGAGAGGUUAAUACUGAGGAAUAAAUAAAACAUAUUGAAUGUAAAGUUUCAGCAUAGCAUUUAUUUGAGAUCACACUGUAGGAAAUCUUUGUUCACUAGUCUUACUCCAUUGCAUACUUAUGCUGCUUAAUGGAAACCAGUCAAUACAUGCAUGGAGAGCUAUAAGGAUGUAUAUAUACAUAUGUGUAACCAGUGAACAUGAGUGGUACCUUUGAGUUCACUGGGACUAAUUAUGGGCUCUGUUCUUCAAAGCAUUUUUAUAUGAACAAAGGAACCAUUUGAGCACGUCUUUAAGCAUUUAGCAUGUGAACAGCCGUAAUGAACUGUCCAUUAAUGCCAGCCUCUUACACACACACAGCUGAGCAUGUAUAUAAAGCUUCCUAGAAUCAAGGGCACAUUUUUAAUGCACAGGAGCCAUGUUCAUUUGUGAUCUGAUCUGCUACAAAAUUUUACGUUACCAUAUACUGAGUAGGUUUGACAUUUAUCCUGCGAGGUGGAAAAGCAGUCAACAGAGGGAUAAUAAUGCCAGAGGCUAAAGAUAAUUGCCACCUUCUCCCUAAGAACACUCACAAAUCAGACUUCAGAAGGUAAUGUUGUAUAAAGUUCCUGAAGUGGCACUAGGAGUGUAGUUUAGGAAUUCAAAUAAGCUGGAGUUUUUCCUCACCACCAAACCAAUUGCCUAUGUCACUCGAUUAGUUUGGCUCCCAGAACAGAUCCACCAGAUUGCCUGCAGAGAUUAAAUACCUCCUCAGCAAAGGGAGGUGAGGGGAAACUCUCCUUGAGUAUUAAUAUCAGGAUUUUUCAGAGCUGAAAAAAGCUAUAAAAUAUUUGCCACAUGUAAAGGAUAUUGGCUAGCAUUCAGAUAUAAUCAGUACAAAGAUCAACAAGUCUAACAUUUUAGAUUAUAGGCUUUCAUGGGUAAAGAAACAAGUGACUUGCCACUUCAAGCACAGAAAACAUACUGUGCCCAGCUUACAAUGUUAUCAAAUUACCUGGCCUUACAGUUCAAUAUUGAUUCCAGAUUCUUCUUAGUCUCCUGUCUUGGUUUCCUUAUUAAAACUUUAAUGCAAUUUUCUAAUAGUGUUAUUUCCUCUGACAUUUUCUAAUCAUUGUUUACAACAUGCCCUGAUCUUCCAUCUUAGAGCAACACAAAUUUUUUUAAUGAAGGAUAUAUGACUAAAAAUAGCAUUAAAAUAUAGUAUUAUCAGAACUGUCUGCAAACAUAAGCAGUACUGUUUGGUAUUAAAGAAACCAACAAAUGUUAAGUCCUUUGAAAAAAAAUCCAUGUUUGAGUAGCAUAUCUGCAGUUAGCUGUGUAGGUAUGCUCCUGUGGAAGCUCAACAAUACUGCAGUUUUUUAAGGAGGGUGGGAAAAUUCUGUCUUAUGGGCAAGAUCUACACUGAUAGUUAUGUCAGGCGUGAAAUUGCUCUCAAGAGACCUUAAAUCACACAAUCAACCCUUGCAUUUUCUAUGUUGGUUCUUCUAGUCCACCUCAAAGCUGCCCAUUGUGUUUCCUAUUUCCUGAGUUUACAGUCAGGUGUAUCCCAGACUCCCUGAUGCUGUGACGAACAGAGCCCUGUACAAAUCAGUCCAUGAAUUAUUUGUCUAUUUUUAACAGCAGGAGGUUCAAGACUAGUUUGAGAAAAGGUACCAAUAGCACCUGAGAUUUUCUCAUUUUAAGACCUGUUUUUCUCAAGACUGUUUUUUCAAAGGUAGCAAAAUUACAAUGGAAAUUAAUGAGUUAUCUCCCAAUCCAAAGCUGCCAUUAUUAUGAAUUUAAAGGGUAAAUUGUAUGUGUCAUUUUUCCAAUUUCCUUGAAAAGACUGAUUGUACAAUGGUUAAAGCUUUUGCUCAGUAUAAAUAAAAAAUUCACGGUAACAUGCUCAUAA